UUUUUUUCCUUGUUUUUGCUUUUUUUUUUAAUUCCUUUUUAAAAAAAAACGCUUGAUUUCAGACUUCCCUCCUGUAAAGUCGUCACAUUAUUAAAUAAUUAAACCAAUUAGUAACACGAUAAAAAUAUAGAAGCAGCAUGGCACUGAAAAGAAUAACGAAGGAAUUACAAGACUUGAAUAAAGACCCCCCCACGAAUUGCUCCGCGGGGCCAAUUGGAGAUGACCUCUUUUUUUGGCAAGCGACGAUAAUGGGACCAGGUGACAGUCCCUACGAAAACGGUGUGUACUUCCUGAAUAUAAAAUUCCCCCCCGAUUAUCCGUUCAAGCCCCCCAAGAUUAUCUUCACCACGAAAAUAUAUCACCCCAAUAUAAACACGUCGGGCGCCAUUUGCCUUGACAUCCUGAAGGACCAAUGGAGUCCCGCGCUAACCAUCUCGAAGGUCCUCCUGUCCAUAUCGUCGUUAUUAACGGACCCCAACGCAGACGACCCGCUCGUGCCCGAAAUCGCCCACGUGUACAAAACGGACAGAACAAAAUAUCAUCAAACUGCAAAAGCCUGGACGCAAAAAUAUGCCCAAUGAAAAUUAUCUAAAUAAUUAAAAAAUAAAUUUUAAUUAAA